AUGGCUCGGGUUGCGGUGACUGGAGCCUUCAGCUACUCGGGGCGGUACUUGGCGAAGCGCCUGCUGGAGCAAGGCCACACGGUGGUGAACCUCUCCAGCCGCCCACAGCAACUCUCCUCUUCCGUCGCUUUCAGCGACGCCGAGCUGCGGCGGGUGGAGCAGCGCCCACUGAGCUUUCGGGAGGAGGAGGUGACAGACGCGCUCAAGGGCUGCUCGGUGCUUUGGUGCACCUACUGGAUACGCUUCGAGAAGGACGGCGACACCUUCGACCGCGCGGCGGCGCGCUGCGCCAGCUUGUUCGCAGCUGCGAAGAAGGCCGGGGUGCAGCGGGUGGUUUUCACCAGCCACACUCAUGCCACAGAGCAGUCGCCCUACCGCUACAUCGCGGGGAAGGCCAAAGCCUGCAGCGCCCUGCGCAGCUCGGGGCUGAGUUUUGGCAUCGCAAGGCCCUGCGGCAUCUUCGGGGACUCUGCAGAGGAGUCCGUCUUGAUGAACAACGCAGCCUGGGUGUUGCGUCGGAGCCCUUUGUUUCUGCUCGCGGGCAGUGGCGAAGAGCGGUUUCAGCCCAUCCACGUCCGGGACAUGGCAGAGCUCUUGCUCCAGAUGGGGCACCUCGGAAAUGAGGACGCUCCAAACGAAGAGUUGGACGCCUGCGGCCCUGACGCCCCCCAUGCGGUGGACUUGUUCCGGGCGCUGGCAAAGGCCACGGGCAGCUGGGCACUGGUCGGCGCCCCCCAGGUCUUGUCGACUGGCCUGGUGACCAAACUGACGCAGCCCAUCAACUGGUACACUGGGGACAUUUUGCUCGACAAAGACGACCUGGACUUGCUGUGCUCAGGCCUCACAGUGGCGGAGGCGCCUUCGGACCCCCGGAUCCGCGAGCGCCGGAGCCUGCUGCAAUGGAUCGAGCAGCAGGGGCCACGGCUGGGCCAGCGCUAUGUCUCCUCGAUGCAGAGAUACUACUACCAGCGCUGCGCCAUCGCAGCGGUGGUGGGCCUGGUGCUUUGCUUCUCUGGGAGCUCGCCGCCGCUCUCGCCGGCGCCGCUGCGGCCGAGUCGGCCGAAGCAGCUUCGGCCAAGGCAGAUGUCGGCCGGGGUCCUCCGCAAGCCGCUGCUGGCCGAGCCGGCCUGGUCGGAGGCGGCCUCGGCGGAGAGUUCUGUGGACGUGCCGCCCCCGGAGCCGGCGGAGGUCGAGAAGUCCUUGGAGCGGGAAGCGCGUGGCACCUGCGAACUGCUGCUGAGCUUGGCGAGUGGCCGGGAUUGGGUGCUUCUAGGCUUCGGCCUUCUACUGGUGGGCAGCAGCAAGACCGUGGGCUUCCUUGCGCCCUUCGCUUUGCGCAUCGCGGUGAACUUCCUGAGCCAGCGGCAGCUGCAGGGCAUCAGCUGGCUCCUCAUCUUCGCGGGCCUCAAAGGUCUAUCCCAGGCCUUGAACAACAGCAAGACGGCCGUGCAGGCGAUGAUCGCGCGGCCCAUGGGAAGGCGCCUGGCCCAGCGCUUGCUGCAGAAGCUGCUGGCGCUGGACUUGCAGUUCCACGCCCUGCGCAAGACCGGGGAGGUGCUCCGCAAGUUGGAACGCCCCCCGCGCGCGGUGGACACUCUGCUCCGCGCACUGCUGUUCACGCUGGUGCCCAUCGCCUAUGAGUCCAUCGUUGUUCUCUUCCUGCUGCUCGAAAAAGCAGGCAUGGAUGUGGCGGUCACCGUGCUUUGCACUGUCACGGCCUACUUCCUCUUCACCACCUACAUGAGUUUGAACUGGGUGGCGCAGGCUCGGCGCUCCGAGAACCGCUUCGACGACGCCCAGGCCACAGCGGCCCACGAUGCCCUGGUGAACUGCGAGUCGCUGCGGGUCUUCUGCGCGGGGCCCAAAGUGCACCGGCGCUUCACGCGGCUCUGGCGGGGCUUGCAGAAGGGUCAGAUCUCCUCGGACAUGGCGGCCACGGUGCUCGCCACAGGCCAGCAGGCCAUCACUGCGUCGGGCCUGGCGGUGGCACUGCUACUGGUGGCACGGCGCGUGUGCUUGGGAACCGCCUCAGUGGGUGACGUGCCCAUGGUGCAAGGCCUCAUCUCCCAACUCUGGGCGCCGCUGCAGUUCCUGGGGUUCUACAUCCGGCAGGCGCGCCAGGCGCUGGUGGACCUCGAGGAGGCGCGGGCGCUGCUGGCGCAGAGGUCCUCGGACCUGGAGCUCGCGGAGCUCGCCCUCAGGACUCCGGACAGCGAGCUACACAACCUGCCACCCUCCGUGCCGGGAUGCCCGCUGGUAGAGUUUCAAGAUGUGUGGUUCCGGUACCAGCAGGACCUGCCAUGGGUGAUCAAGGGCUUGUCCUUCCGCAUAGAGCCAGGGGCCUUCGUGGUGGUGGUGGGCCCCUCCGGCGGCGGCAAGAGCUCCCUGGGCCGCUUCAUCCCCCGGCUGCUGGACGCGCAGCGAGGCAGCGUGUUGUUCAACGGGGUGGACGUGCGCCACGCGGAUCUGCAGGAGCUGCGGCAGCGCUUGGCGGUGGUGCCUCAGGAUGUGGUGGUCUUCAACACCACGCUCCGUCAGAACCUGGCCCUCGCAGACCCACACGGAAGCCGCGGAACGGAGGAACGUCUCCAGGAGGCGAUCCGCGCCAGCGGGUUGGAGGAUGCGCUGGGCGAGGGCCUCACCAUGCACUCGGUGGUGGGUGAGCGCGGCUUGCGGCUCAGUGGCGGUGAGCGCCAGCGCCUGUCCUUCGCCCGUGCGCUGCUGCGCUCCGACCACGCGGAGCUGCUGAUCUUGGACGAGGCCACUAGCGCGCUGGACGCCCAAACAGGGCGCUUCCUGCUGCAGAGCCUGCAGGCCUUGCGCGAGAAACGGUUGAACCCCCCGGCCAUCUUGGCCAUCACCCACCAGCUUCAGAUGGCCAAGGAGGCAGAUCAGGUGCUGGUGCUCCAAGACGGGGCUGUCCAGGACGUUCUUCCGAUUUUCCGCCGCGAUGUUCCGCCGAGACCGGUCGGUUUUCCCAUCGAGGAGCAAGGCACACACGACCAGCUCCUGGCGAAGGGAGGGGCCUAUAGCGCCCUUGCGGCCGCAGCGCAAGCGCGCGAAGGGGGCAGCUCCAGCUUCUCUCAGGUGAAGCAGUCCAUGCAGGGAAUGCUGUCACGCCUUCAGGGGGCCUCUCGAGAGAAUGCUUCGGAGCUGAGCCAGGAGCUGCAGGGCCUACAGAAGGACCUUACGCAGAUCUUCCCCGGCCUGGAGUCGGACGCUACUGCGGCGCUCGAGCCGCUGCAGGAGCUGAAGAAGGCCUACCAGAAGUGCCUUUCGGAGGGCGCGCUCGCGGCAUCGAAGUGCCUGGGCUUGCCCUUCAGCGUGGGCGACUCCAUUGCCUCCGCGGUGAAUCGCCUCUCCGCCCCGCGAUUGCGCGUGGCACUGGACGCUUUGCUGCUGCGUGCGGGGGUGGAGCUGGCCAGGGAAGACCCUUUGGCGCAGAGGCUCAUGUCCGCGGUGAUCAGAGCUGCUAGCCGCAGCAUCGGCAUCGCCGCCUCCUGCUUCGCGGAGGCCCGGCUCGGCGCGCUGUCCAAUGCGCGUCUCGGUGGGCAAAUGGCGGUGGCAGGGCUCAGCCGCUACCUCCUCAGGCACGGGCACCUGCAACAGGAGGUGGCCCGACCAGUGCAGGUGCCUUUGGAGUGGGCGCUCUGCCUCGCAGGUCUCUACUGGCAGUUCCUGCGCAGAGGGCCGGCCUCGCUGCUCUACGGAUUCCUUUGGGGAAGCUGGGGCAUCAGCCGCACCGCCAUGGUGCUGCUUGGUCUGCCAUUGAUCCUGGAGUCCUGGCUUCAGGCCUCGGUCGCGGCGAACCGCGCCGGCCUACUGGAUGGUGACUGA